CAAUAAUGCAAUGAUUUAUUAUAGAAAGUCCAAAAUGGAAUUGAACUUCGAUAAAAUCUUCAGAAUAGCAAUUAUUUCGCAAAAAUUCAGUGGCACGUACCCAUACACGAAGAGAGACAAAAAAUGGGCAACGCACUUUAUUCUAAUGCACGGAGAGCUCACUAUAAUCUGCAUGUUAUUCAUCUACAACAUUAUCGAAUUCGAUUUAAAGGCCGCCGAUUAUUCGCAAAUGUGCCGAAACAUGUGCCUGCCCUUCCUUUACAUGGUAAUCACGCUUCUCUACAUCAACAUGCUUUAUUAUCAAAGCAAAUUGAAGAUGUUAAUUGAAACCGUGAAGGCUGAAUAUGAGAUAGCGAAGACGAUGUCAGAAGAAGAGCAAAACGUGAUACUUGAAUACGCGAAAAAAGGCCGAUGGCUUUGCCGAGCGUGGGCGAUCCUGACCACCUGUGGUAUGGCCCAGUUUUUUCUCAAGAGUAUAGUAUGCACGAUUUAUUCGGCCAUUCAGGGCAAUUUUAGAAUAGUCCAAUAUUACGAAGUGAUCUAUCCAGAAGUUAUUGAAAGACACAGGAAUAACCCAGUUAUAUUUAUAACCUUGUACUUUUGUACAUUCUUCUAUUCAUUGUAUACUUCGGCCUUGUAUACAAGCGUUUUGCCAUUGGGCCCGAUAUUCUUGCUACACGGCUGCGCUAAGCUUGAAAUCGUCAGAUUGAACAUUAAGAACUUGUUUGACAAUGACGAUUACGUAGUUCAAGAGAGACUUAAGAAGACCGUACUACAAAUGCAGGAUAUAUACUGCUAUUCGCAUGAGAUAAACGAAUGUUUUCAAAUAUUAUAUGAGUUUCUACUGAAAGCCACAUCCCUGGUCUUACCCAUCACGAUCUUCGCAGUUAUACAAGCUCUCGGCCGAGGUCAGUUCAUACCGGAGUUCUUCGCCUUCAUCUUCGGCGCUUUCAUGGUUGGGACGACCCCGUGCUACUACAGCAACAUGCUCAUGGAAAAAAGUGAAGACGUGCGCAUGACACUGUAUUCCUGCGGUUGGGAGACCCGCUUCGAUCUAAAUACGCGGAAAUGUAUAAUACUGAUGCUGUGCCGGGCGCUCAGACCCGUCUCUAUCAGGACUAUAUUCCGAUCAGUCUCACUCACUACGCUGACCGAUGUGUUCCAGCAGGCCUACGCAUUGUUCAAUUUAUUAAACGCGGUGUGGAAUUAA